AUGUCAGAACUCGCAUUCUGCAAAUCAUUCCUCAGCGCCUUGGACGCCCGCCCGCCCAAGCUCUCCAGCGAUCACAUUGCAGACGCACGCCAAUAUCCCGCACAAGGCGCCUACACCCUCCCCCGCCUCCCACACCCACCCCACCCGCAACGACCAAACCCCAAGCCCACCACCAGCGACGAUGCCUCCACACCAUCCUCCACUUCAAUCUCCGUGACGCUCAAACCAAUGAAGCCAACCACACCCACCAUCCCACUCAGCUCAAUCGACCCAUCGAAAACCUCCGUGUACGACCUCAAACAACAGUACGCGACACAAGCCUCGUUAUCAGCAGCCAAGAUAAAGAUUCUGUACAAGAAGAAGCCAGUCACAGAUUCAAAGACACUGUUGGAAGUUAUCGGCACAGAUGCGGGGAGUGAAGUCGAGUUUGGGGUUAUGGUCAUGGCUGGCGCUGCUGUUGGUGGGGCUGCGAGUCCGGCGUCGGCAGGGACACCGGUGACGAGUCCGCCUGCUGUUGCGCCGCCGACGGAGAGCGAGAAGGGGCUUGCUAGCGCUGGAGAGACAGCUGCGGGUACAGCGACUGGUGCCGCAGAUGCGCCCCUUGGUCAUGGGAAGGACGUUGUUGCGACAGACGAGUUCUGGGGCGAUCUUAAGAACUUUGUGCUUCAGAGGACCAAGGAUGCGGACGAGAGUGAGAGAUUACUAGGCGUGUUUAGGGGAGCGUGGGAACAGAACAAGUAG